AUGUGCCCGACUCCAUCCCAGAGGGAUCGGGGUCGCGGUCAGUGCGCAGACACGGACACUGCCCCGUGCGCAGCCCUGCAGGCCGCACUUGGCAACACUCGGACCAACCAGGCUGUAAACUUCAGCUCGGCUCUCUGCCAUCUACAGGGAACUCCAGUUGAAGUUAAAACCAAUCAGUUUCAGGGCAACAUUCAGAAUCCCAACGUCCAGAUGUGUCACAUGUGCAUGCGCCUUGUCUUUGGCCGGACAGCGGGGAUGGCAGACGCCGAGCUGGACUUCCAGACCGGGGACGCGGGGGCCUCGGCCACCUACCCCAUGCAGUGCUCCGCCCUGCGCAAGAACGGCUUCGUGGUGCUGAAGGGCCGGCCCUGCAAGAUCGUGGAGAUGUCCACCUCCAAGACGGGCAAGCACGGCCACGCCAAGGUUCAUCUAGUUGGUAUUGACAUCUUUUCUGGUAAAAAGUAUGAAGAUAUUUGCCCCUCUACCCACAACAUGGACGUCCCCAACAUCAAAAGAAUGGACUACCAGCUGAUCGGGAUCCAAGAUGGCUACCUGUCCCUGCUCCAGGACAGCGGGGAGGUGCGAGAGGACCUGAAGAUACCCGACGGAGACCUGGGGAAAGAAAUCGAGAGCAAGCACGACGCUGGGGAGGAGAUCCUGAUCACUGUCCUGAACGCUAUGGACGAGGAGGCCGCCAUCGGCAUCAAGGCUUUGGGUAAAUAAGCCCCUUCAGGUAAAUACAGAGUCCUGGCAGAGCGACGUGUGAUGCAAAGGGGGAGGCAACUCCAGCCGUCAGGGUCCAGGUCCAGGGCCGGACCAGACUGGACCUCCGGCGCUUCUCACAGUAUUUAAAGCUGGCAAUAUUUACCGCACAGCCACUUCAGAUAUUCUAGAUGUCCUAUUAAUGCACUGCUUUGUAUUUGUGUGUUUACACGACUGAACUCAGAUUUGAGAGAACUAAACGUUGCAAACUGGGUGAGCGUAUUGACACCGCACAGAUUGGAGGAGGCCAUGUUGUGGAUUUGCCUGCACCUUAAUAGAAGUUGUGUUAAUCUUUGAACACUUCAGAGUGAGCUCGUGGUCCAUGUUGUGUUUUUGGAGCGAUGUUUUGUUUCUUUCGGUGGUGUGUGGGUUGCACGUAAUUUCACGGCCUCACCCCUGAAAUCGGCCCCUGGGCCCAGCAGUUCGGUGCAACGGCUUUCCUUCACUGACCGCAAACGUCCGGCCUUUACGACUCAGUGUCCGCUGGAAAUAAAGUCGUUUGUUCUGUAGAAACCGAGUUUGUUAAAACAGACUCCCCGUUUUGUUGUUUUAGGGGCAGUGGAGAUGCUCGGGACCUGGGGAAAAGGAGGGCAUAGUGCAUAGUCAGUGCCACUCUCCCUCUUGUUUUCUUUCCAUGUUUUUCGUACUGUCCCUCUGUCAAGGGCUUCAACUGUGGAUCUGCGUCGUUGUGCUGAGGCUUGUUCGGUGGGGGCCAUGACCACAACCCGAUUUGGUGCUAGCCCUGAACAAGCCGCUCCCUUUACUGUGUAUUUCAUCAGCUGCCGAGCUGAGGAGGCAGCGCUCGGCGCCUUUUAGCCCGGACGCUUCAAAUGAGACUAAACUAACUGAGUGGAUCGGUCAGAGCCUUGGCAGGAAGCCUCUCACUCCGCCGAAGCGGGCAGAAGCCACUGGACUGUGAUUAAGUGUAGUCUCAUGCAGGAGGAAGACGAGUUGUGGCCGUUUGUAUUACGACUGUGUUCGUGCAGCCAGUCCAAACUCCUGCAGAAUGUCUGUAUGACCAAAACAAUAAUUAAAUAAAGACAA